AUGAAGUCGUCAUUCCUGGUCUCAAUACUUUUCUCCAUACUCCCCCCUCUGACCCUCUCCGAGUUCGUCACCUCCAAGAACGGCCUCCAGGUCGACGUCUACCAUCUUCCGCCCGCCCCGGUCGUGUACCAAAGCAGUACGAAUCUCAGUUUCUCUCCAACAGCCUUCACACUCAUUCAUGGCGCCCACGAAGCCGUAUUGGUGGACAGCCCCGCCACAUUCCUCCAGGGCCAGAACCUCACCAAAUGGGUCAAGGAUAUCGCUGGCCCUCACAAGAGCCUGAAAUACAUCUACGUCACCCACGGCCACGGUGACCACUUCUUUACUGCUCAGCAAAUCGCUGCCACCUGGCCGGGAUGUCAAGUCGUCGCGAAAGCUGACGUGAACGCACAUAUGCUGCAACAGUACGAAGAACCUUUGUUCACGGAUCUUUGGCUCUCUCUCUUUCCCGGCGGCCAAAUCACCAGCCAGCCAUUCAACGCGACGCUCAUCCUCCCGGCCAACGGCACCUUUGAAAUCGAGGGACACGUCUUCCGGGCCGUGGAGGUCGGACAGGGCGACACGUCCAACUCGACCGUGCUGCACGUGCCCGACGUAGACCUAGUAGUCGGCGGGGACGUCGUCUACGGCAAAUGCCACCAACUCUUUGUCGAAGACCUCAGCCCGCAACUGCGCAACCAGUGGAUCGCGUCGCUCGACAAGGUCGCCGCGCUCAGGCCGCGCUUCGUGGUGCCGAGCCACACGAAGCCCGGCGACGGAUUCGCGCCCAGCCACAUCGCCGACACGAAGCUCUACAUCCGGGCGUGGGAGAAGGCGCUGGCCAUGAGCACCACGUGGCAGGAGCUGGAGGACGCCAUGAAGACGCAGUUCCCCCUGCGCGCCGGCAGUUUUAUUCUCAGGUGGAGCAGUCAGGCGCCGUUCAACGUGGCCAGUGUUUGA